AGGACCAGCACGAGAUGCCCAACACGCUUCCUCCUACCGGUAUGGACGCCUAUGCGGCCUACCCUGUCCACCCGAGCGGUCACGGCAAAGCGGGCUACAGCAAGGGCGACGACCUGCCCGCCAGCGUCGACUCGAAGCCGUCGUCGCCGCUCCACUCGCCGAGCGACGUCCGCUCUCGCUCGCCGCACCGCGCCAAGGACCCGUUCUUCCAGCCCGAGUCGCGCUCUACUUCAAGGGAGCCCGGCCGUGCUGAGCAGCUCCAGAAGGAGGCCGCUCUGCGCCAGGUCCGCGCCGCGCAAGACGCGAGCUACGAGGCCGACCUCGAGCGCGCCAUCCGCCGCUCGAAGCGCGACGCCAAGAGCGAGUCUCGCGAGCGCAGUGGAAGCCGCUCGAGGGGCAUGAGCCGCAUUCGCGCCGCGAUCAAGGACAUCGUCUCGGAUCCGUUCUGGCACCGUGCGAGCAAGGAGGAGGGCGAGCACCAGGACGAGGCGAUGCGCCGCAUCAUCCUCGACGAGGUCAACGCGGCCAAGGCGUCGACCGAUGCCGGUUCGCGCGACCGCGAGGCCCGCUCCAAGUCGCGCGCGCGCUCGCACGCCCGUUCGCCUCUCGCGACGAGCCAGCCGGCGAGCCGCAGCCAGAGCCGCGUCCGCAGCGUCGUCGACGCGCUCGCCGGCGCCGGCGGCGCCAACAGCCCGUACGACCGCAAGCCGGCUGCGGCUGAACCCGCAUCGUCGGCGCCGGCGCCGGCCAAGGACGAGAUCGAGGUUGCUCCCGCUGCGACCGGCGCGCCCGCACUCGCUCCUGCAGUGCCGACGGUCGAGCCUGUCGCCGCUGUCGAGAAACGCGAGGCCAUUGCGCAGUGA